AUGGCGCGGGGAGUCGCUGUUACUGUGUUGCUCAAAGGCCUUAUUGGCGCGGAGCUUGUCUCAGCGGCUGCUGCUCAUGUCAAUGGUCGGAGUCUGCCGGAGCCAGUGUAUUGGUUCAGCUUCGGAGACUCGUACACCCAGACUGGCUUCAAUAUCACCACUGGCCCGCUCCCUUCGCGCGACAGGCCGCUGGGGAAUCCGACAUACCCCGGAGCGACUGCGACGCCCGGGCCCAACUGGAUCGACGUUGCGACAGUGGAGUAUAACCACUCUCUUGUUCUGACCUACAACUUGGCCUUCAGCGGCGCCACCAUCUCGCGCGACCUUGUCCUACCAUAUGCCGACUUUGUCCAGACUCUUCCCGACCAAAUCGCGCAGCUAAAAACGUGGGAUGCUGGUCAAGACCGACGGCGUUGGAACAGCGAGAAUGCGCUGUUCUCGAUCUGGCUUGGAAUCAAUGACAUUGACCUCAGCUGGGCAACGGAUGUCGACCAUCCUCGGUCCUUUAACGAAGCAGUUGAUUGCACGAUACUUUACGCAUGUUCAAACUCUCGAUGUCCCUUCCUCCACCAUUUGUACUUACCUCUCAGUGAUUUUGGAGCGCGAAAUCUCCUCUUCAUCAAUGUUCCACCGCUUCAGCGCGCGCCGGGCAUGAACGAUGCUAGUCAUAGCGCCGCGAACCGAACAUUUGAGGCGAAGAUCAUCCAAAACUAUAACGCGCAGCUGUCGGCUGCCGCGCACCAUUUCGCUGCUUCGAAUCGCGGCGUAAGCAUAUGGGAGUACGAUGCACAUGCUGCUUUCAACCGCGUACUUGACAAUCCCGCGGGGUAUGGGUUCAACGACACAUCAGGCGACGAUGGGAAGGCAGGACAAUUCUGGUAUAACUGGCUGCAUCCGGUGUCUGCAGCGCAGGUAGUUGUCGGGCGAGAGAUCGGGCAGCUGUUGCGGGGGACGGCGUGGUGA